AUGGCUCAAGACGGCUCUCCCAAGGCAGUGAAUCAUAGGAGAUGCUCCACCCGCACAAAAUUCACAAAAGAUCAAUUGACAGUCCUCAUCAGAGCCUUCAACCAAGAACCUUACCCAAGUUACAAUAUCAGGCAAAAGCUUGCUUUGGAAAUGAACCUUGAAGGGCCCAUAAUCCAGACUUGGUUUCAGAAUCAAAGAGCUAAGCACGGAUUCCAGAGAAGACCAGAGCCUGAGGACUUAGCAGCCAGCCAAGCCCAAGAUCAGCCUGUGAAGAGUCCACGUAGAUGGCGGCCUCAUACCAUCUACACCUCCUCCCGAUUACACACCCUCAACACGGCAUUAAAGAACGACCCGUAUCCUGGGGUUGAUUCCAGAGAGCAACUUGCUAAGGAAGUUGGGGUUCCAGAGCCAAGAGUCCACGUUUGGUUUCAAAAUCGAAGAUCUAAAUUCUUUGUCCAGAGGAAAAAAGAAGCUGAUGAGCCUUCAGAACAGGAACAAGACGGCUGA